GCAAGAGUGUAUGGCUGCAGCCUGGAGCGACUCUAAUUUUGCGCCCGGUAGCGCCUUCAGAAAACACAUUCCCGAGCCCGGAACUGCAACUCACCCUGCAGCAGCACAGCAACUCAGCUCAUGGAGCGCGUCACGGGAGGUGGAGUGCUUCCGUUUGUUUUAGCAAGUGCAGGGAUCUUGCUGCUUUAUCGGAUAAUUGUACGCCUCAGACCAGGAGCUGCUCUGCAGGAUGCUGUGGUGGUCAUCACAGGGGCCAGCUCUGGACUGGGGAAAGAGUGUGCUCAGGUCUUUCACGCAGCAGGCGCACGGCUCGUGCUGUGUGGACGAGAUGCAGCCCGCCUGCAGCAGGUGGUCCAGGAGCUUACAGCAAGUUUAACAGGCUCAGGGCGGCAGACUUACACUCCCAGCACCGUUAUCUUCGAUCUGGCUGAUACAGACACGGUGGACAGAGCUGCAGAGGAGAUCCUGAAAUGUUACGGACAAGUGGAUGUCCUGAUUAAUAAUGCUGGAAUCAGUUACCGCGGCAACAUACUGGAUACACACCUUUCAGUUCAGCGGGACGUUAUGGAAACAAAUUACUUUGGGCCCAUUGCGCUUACUCAAGCGCUCCUGCCCUCCAUGGUUCAUCAGCGCAGUGGCCACAUCGUUGUCAUUAGCAGUGUCCAGGGCAAGAUAGCCAUUCCUUACAGAUCAGCUUAUGCAGCCUCUAAGCACGCGACCCAGGCCUACUUUGACUGCUUACGGGCCGAGAUUGAGCGCUACGGGAUUCCAGUGACCGUGAUCAGUCCAGGGUACAUCCGAACCAGCCUGUCGGUCAACGCUGUCACAGGUGACGGCUCCAAGUAUGGAGUUUUGGAUAAAACCACAGAAAUGGGUCAGGACCCCAGGGAUGUGGCUCAGGCAGUUCUGAAGGCUGUCCGUCAGAGGAGCAAAGAUGUUGUCUUGGCAGGACCUCUGCCCAAUCUGGCCAUUUACCUCCGCACACUGUGGCCCGCACUCUUCUUCAAACUAAUGUCCUCUCGCGCUCAAAAGGAGCAGAAACCAAAAGACGAUUGAUGACGGCAGCAUGUGAGGACCACAAGGCUCACGGGGCACGUUAGAGGCACAUGGACCGAAACAUGAAAGUGACUACUUGACAUGGAGGACAGGAGGUGGGAAUAAAUGCAGCUCUUCAGUAACACAAAACAAACCAGAAACCCUUUUUGUUGUAACAGGAUCUAUGGCGAGUGUCUUUUAUGUUUUUGACUUACAUCUGUGAUUGACCAGGUUAGCAAGGUGUGUUGUUCAGCUAUUUCAGACAUUGACAAGACUCAAAGCUGUGCUGGAAAGACGUGAGCAUGUGAUGCUGUUUUUCAGAUUGACUCGCAUGGAUUUGGUUAGCAAAUAAAAUGUUUAAACUGUUAUCCGUUUACAGGAGCAUUAAUGUUUAAUUUGUAAUUCUGUCAGGUCUGGGAAAUAUUAUUGUCCAGGUAGGAGUACUACUAUUAUCUCAGUGUCUUCUGGUGUCCCACUCAAGAUAAUCGCCUUUUAAAAGCAUACAGUAUACAAGGUAAUGACUGAAGAACAGAGAUUUAAUUUGUAAACAUAACACUGACUUGCUGUUCAUCUCAACAGUAGAAACAACUCUAUGAGAACUUUAGCUACCAAAAUGCAGGAUUUAAUAAGUGUUCUGUAUGCUGUUUUGGCAAGAGGAUCUACCCACAGCAGUUGCAGAAAGAUAUAAAAAGAAAGAACACUUUGUCAAUAAGCUUGAGUCUUUCCUAGAGAUGUGGUAUAGCAUCGGACAUGUUUCUUCGUCAACUGUAUAAUACGGCACAUCACUGUAAAUGAUUGACAAACAAAGGUGAAGCAGUUGUCAAAGUUUUAUCACUUUAUUUCUGUUUUGUUUUGAUGAGUGAGAAUUUAAUAAUUUAACAGUCGGGGAUUCAAUAUGGGGCCAGCAAGAUACCACUUAGCUAUCUCUGGAAAAGCUGACCAACCUUAAAGGGAGCGUUCACCCCAAAAUAAAAAAAAAAUACAUAUUUGUCCUCUUACCUGUAGUGCAGGUUAUUUAAGAUAAUCCUGAGCAGUUCAUGUAGGAACUCUUUUCUUUUACCGAAAUAGACCCGCCAAUCGUAUCACAGUACAGAAGUCCCCUCGCGGUCCAACAUUGCUAGCUUGUGGACAUUAGUUUUUAGCUAACUAAUACUGCUAGCUCACUUGAGCUAUAGUUAAUGUUACAGCUCAGCCUUUGAGCCAUGAGGACGCCAUUUAUGUUUACAUCUCCCGCUGUCACGAGCACAAACCCCAUCGUUCAUUAGUAUGCUUUCGGGGUGAAUCGUUCCUUUAAACUGUUGGUAUAGUAACCCAAAGGCCACAUACCAUACUCGUUAAAGUUUGCAUUUGAUUUAAGUUUGAACUGGUUUUACCACGGUCCACAAAGUAAAUAAUGAAUACAAAAUUCAAGCAGUUUUUUUUUUUAUAACUAUCUUUAUACACAGAAUAAAAACACCUUUUUACAAACAACUUUGAACAGUUUUUUUUCCUUUUUAGAUGCCAUCUUAAUAUUAACUUAAAAAAAAAAACACUUUCUCCUGAAAUGUUAAUAAAUAGUCCAAAUAAAAAUGUACAUGUAUGUUACAAAAGCGCAGUGAAUACUGGAAUUGACAUUUGUAAUCCUUCAACAAAAAAAAAAAAAAAAAGAAAACGUGCCAGAUUCAAAGACGAACCUGAUGUUUAUUCCUUAUUAAGAAUCAUCUUCAUUGUAUCUAGUGUGAGAAGAUGAAGCCUUUUGACAAAUUAAUAAACAUUACACGAGCUUUUACAAUGUAGUCAAAGCCCUCAAGGUGCUUGAAGGAGACAAACAUUUUAAUUCCCAUUUGUGGAAUGACAAGAGCUCCCCUACAAUUUACACUCAGAAUGUUCACAAUACUGCAUAUUGGUGAUGCUGGUUGAGUGGGCUGAUGUGAAGGGAUGGUGAACAUGUUUAGAAGCCAAUCAUGUUAGCCAUAGUGUUUUGUUAGCAUCCGGUAUCAGUAGGAGUUAAUAAAGCUUGAAUGGGGAAUUAAUGUUUUUGAGCACAACCAAUCAAAAGGUUUACUAGUGAUUUAAAGAAUGACUACAUGACUUCAAAAAAACUGAAUAAGUGGAG